AAACUUCAAGAAGUUCAUUCUUGUUCAAGAGCAAUACUAGAAGAGUUUUGCGCGCACCAGCUUCAUUCAACUUAAUUACAUAAGAUGAACAGAAAUUCAGAAGAGGAGAUAGUCCAAAUUAGUAAAGAAGGAACAAGAUCAAGAUCAGAAUGGUCGGUAAACUCGACGAACCCAAGAAUAGUAAGAGUACCGCGAUCGUUUGGCGGAAAAGAUCGACAUAGUAAAGUGAGCACUGUGAAAGGAUUAAGAGAUAGAAGAGUUAGAUUGUCAGUGGCAACAGCUAUACAAGUCUAUAAUCUUCAAGACAAGUUAGGAUUCAAUCAACCAAGCAAAGUUGUGGAUUGGUUGAUCAAUGCUGCUCAACAUGCCAUUGAUAAACUUCCUCCUCUCAUUCAAUUCUCAAAUGAUUCUUAUGAUCAAAAUUUACCAUCAAUGUUGAUGCCAAAUAUUGGUGGGAUUGAUGAUGAUCAGGAGGUGAUUGGGAAGAACAGAGAUUCAUUGAUGCAUCAGAGUUGUUUUUCUGAUCAAGAACAUAAUUAUUGCUGUUUUCAGACUUUGGGUCCAUGCAUGUUUGGCACAAAACAAUGUUACAAUCAACUUCAUAUGCCAGUUUCAUUUGCAGAAGAUGCAUCACUUGGGCAGUACAUGCAACCAUGAAUCAUUGAUUAAAAUGCUAUAUAUAUAUAUGUUUGAUGUUGUGAAUUGCUUGAUUUCAGAAAAAUAUGUGUGUGAGUUAAAGUCAGAAUGGUUUUCUAUU